CCAUUCAAGGUCUCUUACGGCGCCAUCCCGGAGACGAUCUGGCUGUACCGCAACGGCGCCUCCGAGGGUCAAUUUCCUGUGUUGCUGAACAAGGAAAUCCCCGCUGUUCUACCAGGCCGUCCACGAGGUGACCAGGGCUCCCUUCCAACCCGAAGCUCGUUUAUAUUGCUGGAGGCCUCGGCGACGCUCCAAAACGUUCGCCCGGGCACCGUCAUCGACAACGGCAUCGUCUGCGCCUUCUCGCAGCGAAUUCUUUUGGAACGCUCAUCUGGCUUUCCAGGGAACGGCGAAGGCGCCGAAAUACACAAUCCUUCGAAUGGCAGUCACGGCAAUGUCGACCUGGAGGACAUUGAAGUGCUCAACAAGGAGAUGGUCUACAGCGGCCGCCAACUCUCCAAGGUGCGCUUCAACGCC